GUGAAAACUAAAACUCAUUAAAUCAAAAUUAAAAGGUGUUCCCCCGUUGAGCACAGGGAGUGGGGAACCAAAACAAAUCCAUGCUCGACAAGACCACCUUAUCACGUUGGUUGUUAGUGUCAUCAAAGGACAAUGGGGAAGAAGAAACGACAGCACCGGCGGAAGGACCGGGACGACAAGAUGUUUGACGCGCAUGACGACGUUAUGCAGGAUGUGGAUGUGGAUCUGGACCGCCGGCAGGGGGCCAAAGUCACUUCAAAACAGAAGAAGAGAAUGAAGAGGAAACUCAUGAGGGAAAUGAAGAUGAAGGAACAAAUGGACAGGUACAAAGGCAAAGAGGGCAAGGACGGAUACACAGGGUGGCAUACUAUCAACAUACAAGGAGAUACACCACUGGAUAAGAAUUUCAUCCUUUCAAGCAUCGGGAGUGAUGUGGAGGUGGAGUUCCGCCCUCUGGGCUUCUUCAAGAUGGGGACCACAAGUGGAUUUUACCUUGAGAAGAAUGCUUCUGCUGCAAAUGCCAUUGUUGCACUUGACAAGAGACUCCAAGGGCCAGAUGGAAGUCGGCUCAAGAUCAACCUGAAGAAGUGUGAAAUCCCUGACCUUGUGUUGAACGCAGACCAGUUACAGGUUUUGCGAGAUGUUCUUUCUCAGAGAUUCAACAGUGAAGCCUGCUUGUUAGAUCUUUCUAAUUUUCAUUAUGAGCAGAGAUUUUUAGACCAGGACAUCCUGGCUCCUCUGGCAAGUACCUCCAUCAUGAAGCAUGUUGUUCGUAUGAUCAGAGAAAAUGUGCCUCAGCUGAAAGCACUCAAUUUAAGCAAGAAUAACAUCAAAGUAAAACAUUUGAAAGGCCUGCAGGGCUUAAACAUAGGAAACUCACAACUUGCAGCUCUCAACCUUGAGCACAAUGACAUCAGAGACAUAUCAGUGCUUAAGCAGGUAAAAAUGUUCCCUUUGUCAGAACUUAACCUUCAGUUUAAUCCUCUGCUGAAGAGUUACAAGGACUGUCCAAUGAAAUAUAUCCGCCAUGUUAGAAAAGAAAUUCCCCAUUUGAAAAUUAUAGAUGGGGUGGAUAUUGAUGUGUAUUUACUAGAAAAUGAAAAGAGCCAGGCUAAUGGGCUGGAACAGUCUGUUUCUCAACCCAGUGUGAAUGAAAUUGGCUCCAGUAGUAAUACUGUAUCAGAAGGUAUGGUCCGCACCUUUUUAGAGCAGUACUAUGCCCUCAUUGACACUCCACAGCGGAGCAAUCUUGUGGCUGCAUACACUCCUGAUGCUGUGCUGGAGGUUAAAUCUUCCAUCAGUGAAGUCAACAGUAGUGUGCUUGUUGGGCACGAUGAAAUUUCCAAAGCACUUGUAGGUUUCCCAGUGACGCAGCAUCAGCACAACACCUUCUCUUUCAAUAUCCAGCCUUUGAGCCCUAAUGUAACACAGGCUGUUGUAACAGGGCAAGUUCUUUUAGCAGGAAGUAGCACUGCAGUUGCUUUUGCACGGAAAAUGAAUAUUGUAUCUUUCAAUACUGGAUUUUGUUGUUCUCAGGACUUGUUUGAGUUGCGAGGGUUAUAGGAAAUGUAUUUUUUUUGUGUGUGUGUUAUAUUGUAUUUGUAAAUUUGGAUGGUAAAGUUUAAAAUCUUGCCCAUACAAAAUGAAGACUCGAUAAAGCAUAACAUAUUGAUUGUAAAUUCAUGUACCUUUUCUGUGAAUAACGAUAUUAUGAAAUGUACUAAAUCUUCGUAACAAAUGUCCAAGGAAAAAAUAGAUAAAGGAACAAAUACCAUUUUCUACUCGGUACCAUACUUGUCUCCCAAUACCAUAAAAAGAAAGAGUUUGAAUGGAGUAUUAUUAUUCCAAACUCUACAGAAAUUCUAAACAUAACUUCUGUGAAGUCAAUCAUUAUUUAAUUUUGUGAAAGCAUUCCAGGGUAUCGCGUUAAUAGGCGAGAAUGCUUCGACCAAGAAUACCAUCUUUUCAUUUUUUGUCAUUCAAGUGAGGUUAAGCUGCUGUUAUAAAGAGUUGUAUGUACUCUACUAUCAUCCUGUAUGUCUUCAUAUUUUUUUUCAUGUUCAUCAUGACAUUUGCAUGCCUAAGAGAGUAUAAAUGGUUCAAGUAUUCGUAAACGACAUUGAAAGAAUUGGUGUAUGCUUUAUGAUUGUUGUAUAAAAGGAGAUAUUGUUGUAUAAAUGGAGGUAAUGUGACUGAUGAACAAACAGUAAACAAGUCUGUUUAGUUCAGAAAAUGACCAACAGUCCAUUUAAAAUCAGGCUAAGAAUUUGUACUAUUUUUUCACAAUAGAUGCUAUCACUGAAUAGCUAAUUGUAGAUUGGGCAGUAUGUUACUGCUUAUAUCAGCAACAAGAGUAUUUGGUGAUUUUAGAAGCAUAUUAAAGUUUUAAGUUGCAUACUGAGUUUCUUGAAGUCCUUUAUUUUAUUCAUAGAUUAUUAUUAUGGAAAUUGUUAUUAUCAUUCCAUUUUUGUUAUUAUUAUGCAGCCUGAAAACAUUUGUUUGAUUUGUUUUUUACAUUAAAAGUAAUGGAACAUUUGUUAUCAUUAGUGUAAUUAUUUUUAUUACUCAGUGUAUGCAAGAAAUAGAAAUAACACAUUAUAUUGCUGACAGCAUUGUAACCAUGCAUUCUAGUGCUGCUGGUUAUGAUACUAAUAUGAGAAAUUUCAUACAUGUGCUAACACAUCUUAAUGGUCAACAAACAGUAUGAGAAGAAAUACUAGGCCAUUGCCUGGAACAUAAUUCUGCCAUUUAUGUGUAGUUCAGUGUAUCAGGUGAGGGAUAAAAGCAGAAGAGAAAUACAUAUUUUCUUUUUCCUA